AUGGGCGGCGGCGCUGAGCACGUGCCAGCCGCGAGCGAUACCGAGGAGAGGCAGUAUGUCCAGAGGGUCGUCUCGCACACUUGCGCGGGGGUCGCCGUUUUUAUACCAAUCCAAUUUACCGUCGACGAGUACCUCGAGUUGGACUUUUUCCGCUGUUUCUUAGCAACAGCAGCUUUGCGGUCGGCGCCUGGGACUAUGUCCGCGUCGGACGUCGCUCGCGCCCUCCAAUCCUUCCGUGCCGCUGCGAGCGAGAAGGGCGCCUACGAUGUGCAGCGGGACAGCGCUGCCACGUUGCUGCGCUGCCUCGACCGUCACUUUGGGUCCUCGGUCGGUGAACCGCCGACCGCCGCAGUCGUCACAGCUCUGCACACGCUACGCACGACGUUGGAUCGGCUGCUCGUCAACAUUUCCUGCCGCAUGGCGCAGCGUGCGUCAACCCUCCCUCCGAUUCGCGCCUCGCUCGCCGACACGCGGAGGAACGCCGCCGUGCUCUGCCGCCAGCUCGAACGGCACUGGCCAGAGGCAGCGCCACCGUCGCCGGAUGCCGCGCCGUCGCCGACCGCAGCACCAGCCGUCGCGACUCACCCGCCGGCGAUCGACGGGUCUUGUCCGCUCCUUUCCCGUUGCGGCCCGCGCCACCUCUGCGCUUACGGCUGCUUUUUUGACGCCUUCGAGCCGGCGCGCCGGCUGCAGUCGCUGCGCGCCGCGCUCGAGGCGCGCGGGGCGACCGGUGCGUGCCUGGACGGCUGGCGCGUGGAGCGUGUGCGCAGCGGCGCCGGCGCCUCCUCCUCGCCGGCCCGUGGCGAUGGCGCGGAGGGCGGCAAGCGGAGGCGGACCACGGGGUGUGCCGCUUCGCCAGGCGCCACCACCUCGUCCUCCUCCUCGUGGCACUUCGUCUCACCCAGCGGCGCGACCUUCGCCUCCGUCGGCGCGGCGGUGCGCGCCUUUGCCGAUGGCUCGCCCUCGACAAGCGGCGAGCGGCAAGGAGGGCCGCGAGGGCUCGAGGCGCGCUCGGUCUCUGCAGAGAGCGAGGACGCGGCGGCGGGCUUGCGGCGGGAGCUCCUCUGGGACCGGCCGUGGGCCCUCCUCCUCGCUUGCAUCCUCCUCAACCAGACGACGCGCAGGCAGGUGGACCCGGUGAUGGCGAGGCUGCUCGACGCCUUCCCCGACGCGCCCUCGCUCGCCGAGGCCGAGCCAGGGGCCGUCGAGCCCAUCCUCCGCCCGCUCGGACUCCACCGGCAGCGCUCGCGCUCGGUCGUCGCAUUCUCCGCCGCGUUUGUGGCUGGCGGGUGGGCGCGGGCCGACGCGCUGCCGGGGGUGGGGAAGUACGGACGAGACGCGCACGCCAUCUUUUGCGAGGGCCGCUACCGCGAGACGCAGCCGGAGGACUUUGCGCUCCGGUGGUAUCGCUCGUGGCUGCUCGCAUUGGAUGUUUAG